ACAAACAUACACACAUAUACACAGCGACAGCCUGUGCCAGAGCUCGCCUGCGCUGUCAGCUCAAGCCCUCUUAAAGCUGUUUUUUUUCUCUUCUCUCUCUCUUCUGGAGAUCUCUCCUGAACGCUGGAGAAAUAAGGACAAGAGGAGCCAGGGGAAGGGAAGGAGAGGACGAUCACAGGGGAAAGAAAAAGAAAACACGACCGGCAGCCUCUUAACUUGUGUCCCUGUUCAGUCAUUCUUCUGCAGGGAGUGUUUUCUGCUGUAGUUCAGGACUUUUCUUUUCUUUUUUUUGUGAGAGAGGGGGAUUGGGAAAAAAAGAGGGGCUGGAGUUCACAUGACAUAAUCGGAGUGAAUGGGUUGCCAUGGUGACUCACCCAGGGAGCCUGACCCGUACAGAGUGAAUGGAGGGAGCGCCUUGGACGCCAAGUGAGCGAUAAACUAAAGUAGGGGAAUCACCAGAGAGAGAGAGAAGGAGCGAAGGAGUGGUGGGAUACCAGAGGGAGCACAGAGGUGCCGAGCAGAGGCUGAGAAUGGAGGACGGUUUUUCCAGCUACAGCAGUUUAUAUGACACCUCAUCACUGCUACAGUUCUGCAACGAUGACAGUGCGUCAGCGGCCAGCAGUAUGGAGGUGACCGACCGCAUCGCCUCCCUGGAGCAGAGGGUCCAGAUGCAGGAGGAUGAGAUUCAGCUGCUCAAGUCCGCUCUAGCUGACGUGGUCCGCAGACUCAAUGUGUCUGAAGAGCAGCAGGCCAUGGGUGCACGCAGAGGACCCACCAAAGACCCCGCUAUGAUGAGAAAAUCUCCCUCAGCAGACAGCAAUGUUGGGAAGCCAGCCAGGCCAAUGAUCGCCACCCUGCCGUUACGGCCCACAGUAAACAACGGGACCGUCCUACCAAAGAAAGGCAGCGGGACUCUGCCAUCCCCAUCUGGAUCUGGAUCCAGGAAGGACACCAGCGUGCCAGCCAACAAGACUUUCUCCUCCCUGUCUCGUUCCUCCAGAAUUCUCUAUCUGCCCCUCAGCACUGUGAGGAGAGCCAAUUCUAAUGAACAAAUGGGGACACUCAAUCGGAAAGAUUCAGGUGACUCCAAGGGCAACCGAACCCGAGCCGGAUCCACCGGAAGCAACUCCAGCGGCAAAAGGAGUGACAGCAAACAGAGGGACCCAGUGUUCAAUGCAGGAAUGCGACGUGUGACCCACUGCAAAGAGGAGGGUUAUGUGAAAAUGUAUUUGAAAGGACGCCCCGUCACCAUGUACAUGCCCAAAGACCAAGUGGACAGCUACUGCCUGGAGGCAAGAGCAGAGCUACCUAGCAACAAACUCAAGCUGGACUGGGUCUAUGGCUACCGUGGUCGAGACUGUCGCUCCAACCUUUACUUGCUCCCCACUGGAGAAACGGUGUAUUUCAUCGCCUCCGUGGUCGUCCUGUUUAACGUGGACGAGCGGUUGCAGAGACACUACACCGGACACACAGACGACAUCAAAUGCCUGGCUGUCCACCCUGAUAAAAUCACCAUAGCAACUGGGCAGGUGGCGGGCACCUCCUCAGACGGAAAACAGCUGGCUCCUCACGUUCGUGUGUGGGACUCCGUCAGCCUCAACACCCUCCAUGUUCUGGGCACCGGCUUCUUUGACAGAGCGCUCGUCUGCUUGGCUUUCUCCAAGUCGAACGGAGGAAACACACUUUGUGUCGUCGACGACUCCAACGACCACGUCCUCUCUGUGUGGGACUGGCAGAAAGAGGACAGACUGGCUGAAGUUAAGUGCUCCAACGAGUCGGUGUUUGCUGCGGACUUUCACCCCACAGACAGCAACAUCGUGGUGACGUGUGGCAAGUCCCAUCUAUAUUUCUGGAACCUGGAGAAAGGCAUGCUGGUCAAGAAGCAGGGACUGUUUGAGAAACAAGAGAAGCCCAAGUUUGUGUUGUGCGUGACCUUCGCGGAAAAUGGAGACGCUAUAACCGGAGACUCGAGUGGGAACAUCCUGGUGUGGGGAAAAGGCACUAAUCGCAUCAGCCACGUCAUCCAAGGAGCUCACGAAGGCAGCAUCUUUGCUCUGUGCAUGCUGAGGAACGGCACUCUGGUGUCUGGGGGGAAAGACCGCAGGCUCAUUUCCUGGGACAGCAGCUACCAGCAGACACAAACGGUGGAGGUGCCUGAGUUGUUUGGUCCCAUCCGGACUAUAGCAGAGGGCAGAGGGGAGAGUGUGCUCAUCGGGACCACAAAGAACUUUGUUUUGAAAGGCAGUUUGGAUGGAGAGUUCAUGCCCAUUACACAGGGUCACACUGAUGAGUUGUGGGGUUUAGCCAUCCAUCCCUGGAAACCUCAGUUCCUGACCUGUGGGUAUGACAGGCAGGUCUGUCUGUGGGACUCAAGCUCCCAUCAGCUGAUCUGGUCCAAGAGCCUGGAAGAUGCUGCACAGUCAGCAGGUUUCCAUCCUUCUGGAGCUGUGGUUGCUGUAGGAACCCAGACGGGCAGGUGGCUGGUACUGGACACAGACUCUAAGGAUUUAGUCACAAUGCACACAGAUGGGAAUGAGCAGCUGUCGGUUAUGCGCUAUGGGCCAGAUGGUAACUUCCUGGCCAUCGGAUCCCACGACAACUACAUCUAUAUCUACGCUGUGGCAGAAAAUGGGAGGAAGUACAGUCGAGUGGGGAAGUGCUCGGGUCACUCCAGUUUCAUCACUCAUCUGGACUGGUCUGUGGACUCUCAGUACCUGGUAUCAAAUUCAGGCGACUAUGAGAUACUGUACUGGAUCCCAUCAGUGUGUAAACAGGUGGUCAGCGUGGAGACAACCAGAGAUAUUGAGUGGGCCACCCACACCUGCACUCUGGGCUUCCAGGUCUUUGGCCUGUGGCCCGACGGCUCAGACGGCACCGACAUCAACGCCGUGUGCAGAUCCAACGAUAAGAGCCUCCUGGUUACCGGAGACGACUUUGGGAAGGUCCACCUCUUCUCAUACCCCUGCUCACAGUUCAGGGCUCCCAGCCAUGUUUACGGUGGCCACAGCAGUCACGUGACCAAUGUAACCUUCCUGUAUGAUGACAGCUACCUGGUGUCGACAGGUGGGAAGGACAUGAGCGUGAUGCAGUGGAGGAUAGUCUGAGCGAGCACAGAAAUGGAUACUGUCCAGCUUCUCGCUGCUGCUGCUGCUGCUGCUGCUGCGGCUGAAGCAAAGUGAACCAAACUGCACUAAACUGAACCAAACCAAACUGAAACGAACUCAUACGCUAACACAGAUGUGGAUCUGAAUUAACUGAAGUGGUUUUGAUUGAAGAGAAACUUUUUGACCUGAGGUUUCCUUUCCCCGAUCCACACACAGAUCCUAACUGCGACAAACUGUCGGGGGUCUGACAUGCGCCUGCUUGAAAGACAAAAAUCCUCUUAUUUCCCCCUUUCUCUGUCUCCGCACUACAUGUAAAAAGAAAAGAAAUCUCCCCCUCGCGUACUGUAGCCUUGCACCCAGCGACAUUAAACAAAACAAAUCAAACGGAUCAAUGCGAAAACCAAAGGCCCUGUCUGACCCGAUGGGUGCGUUUUUACAGUUUGGCUUCACUGUCCUUGUGUAGUACACACUCCUGCCACCAGAUAAUGGACUGAAGAGGUUUGUUUUGCUGCCUUUCAGAGCCCCUCCAGACUGAACUGGAGAUCCGAGAACACUGCAACAAAAACUGUGCACAGAAGGAAAUACAGUGUGAUUUUUUUCUAAUUGUCAAACUUUUAUUUUGUAUUUAACAACUCAGGAAAGCACUAGUGAAGCAAGGCCCUUCCCCGUUUUGUUAACACUGUCACAUCAGAAAGAGUCUCUGAAAAAACAUCUCACUAAAAUAUCCAAACGUCUCAUUAACGGUUAAUAUUAGAUCCAACUUUUGUUCAGCCAUUAUUGCUUUGUUGGUUUUGUGGGACUGAGGAGGAUACUGUGAGUGAGGAGGUUGUUACCCACUAUUUAAAACCAGAAGGAUCUAAUAAGAAAUUUAUUUGAACAUAUUCAAAUUGUUUGUGCUUCCAUCUCUUUACACAGGACCCCUUUCCUAUUAUUUAUUAAUUGUGCGUAAAAUCCUUCACUGCCAGCUUGAUUUCCUUUGACCCUUUUUCCUGCAAUAAAUCUCUGUUUAGAUCGGUAGAUGUACUAAAAAGCUUGAAACUGAUCUGAGGACGUUGUGGGUGAAAUAUACACUAUUUUGGUUUGCUAGGUUUCUCUGACUUUUGCCUGGAGUGCAAGGAGAAUCAAAAUGAAGCGUAUGCUGAGGUUUUCAGUGAUGUGAAGCCCUUUCAAAUCUGUGUCUUUCCACUUUUUAUUGUACCUACAUCAGUUUAUGAAGGGGAAGAAUGAGACCAUUACACUGUAACUGUCUGAUGUGCUUCUCAGCUGUGCGCCAUCAGUCACUGGCAAGGUAUUUAACAGAACUGUUGAGAUGUUUUUUGGGGGUUUUUUCUAUAAUGCACUGCUUCUGCCUGAUUUAAAAAAAAAAAAUACAGCAGGUCUAUUAAGCUAAUUAACAUUUAGCACUUACUGGAGCUUUUCAUAAACCAAUGUCUGCUCUCAGGCUUUAAAGCUGUCUGCCAUCCGAUCAGUGGUACGAUGUGUAGCAUGUCACACUCCUUAUGGUUAACAGAAAAGCCAAAUGAGCACACGUGCAUGAGUAAAUGGGACUUUUUUUUACGUGAUAAUUGGUUGGGGUUUAGCUGAUUUUAGUGUGAACAUAGCUGCUGCUGUUAUGAGGCACACUGAGGUGGUUUAAAAAUCCUGAAGGCUGGCUGAUUGUUUUAUCGGUUUAUGUCCUUUUAUCAGGAAAAUUUCUGAUCUUUUAACAACAGUGAUUUAAAGCUGCCACUCUGCAGAGUGAAUGUAACAUUUAUUUGUCUUACCACUUUAACACUUGGGGCUGCAAAAUACCAUUGAACAUUAAAAUCUCUCUGGAAGUAAAUGAUGAAAUACAAA